AUGAAGGUAACCGAGAAGUGUGAUGUUUAUAGUUUUGGGGUCCUAGUCUUAGAAAUCAUCAAAGGAGAGCAUCCUGGCGAUAUCAUUAGUUCUCUAGCUUCAACAUCAACCGAAGAAGUCGAGUUCACGGAUUUGGUGGAUCAUCGCCUUCCCGUUCCACUACCAGAAAUCAAAGAAGUUCUCACGUCUAUUUUGAUUUUAGCUAUUAGAUGCAUUAACUCGAACCCUGAAAUAAGGCCUACAAUGCACCAAGUUUCUAAUAAUAUUGCAGUCCCUAACACAAACAAACAAACAAACAACAAAGGGGGCCCACCAUUGGAGACCGUCGCCACCGUCGGAACUUCGACGUUGAAGACGGGACGGGUUGGAGGACGAGGGGGGCGGGAUGGGGCUGUCGCCGGCGCCGGUGGAGGACGGACCGUCCUUUUAGUCCAUACUGUGCAGCCUAAGAGCGAUAAUGCUGUGUAG